CCCAUUCCCAUUCCCAUACCAUUUCGCUCUCUUCACUGCCAGUUUCCCUCCACACUUUCACUCGCUCACUCUCUCUCUCGCUAUACAAUUUGUCUCUGUUUCAGUGAACUGUUUUCAUCAAAGUUAAAGCCACCAAGUACAAUCUCUCAAGCCAAAAUUACCCAAAAGGGGGAAAAAGGGUUUUGUUGCAAUGGAUGCCACGACAUUGAAUUCCGAGCGCAGACAAUUUUCAAUUAAACUAUGGCCUCCUAGCCUAAACACAAGGCAAAUGUUGGUGGAGCGGAUGACGAACAACCUUACCAGUAAAUCCAUAUUUACCCAGAAGUAUGGCAGUCUAAGCAAGGAAGAGGCUGAGGAGAAUGCCAAACAAAUUGAGGAUGCGGCUUUUGCCACUGCAAACAAAAACUAUGAAGAAGAGCCAGAUGGUGAUGGUGGUUCUGCAGUUCAGCUUUAUGCUAAGGAAUGUAGCAAGCUCCUCCUGGAAGUUCUUAAAAGAGGCCCUAAAAGAGAGGUAGACAAAGAGGUAGUGGCAUCUGAGAAUAUUAGUGCACCUCGUGAAACCUUGUUUGAUAUAUCCACGGGCCAACGAGCCUUUAUUGAGGCAGAUGAGGCUGAGAAACUAUUAAGGCCAUUGAAGGAGCCGGGAAACUCUUACACUAAAAUGUGCUUCAGCAAUAGAAGUUUUGGUUUAGGUGCAGCCCGUGUUGCUGAGCCAAUUCUGGUUUCGCUUAAGGAUCAGUUGAAAGAAGUAGAUCUAUCAGAUUUCAUUGCAGGGAGACCAGAGGUAGAAGCUCUUGAAGUCAUGAAUAUAUUCUCAGCUGCACUGGAAGGUAGUGUCUUGAAGUCUCUGAACCUCUCAAACAAUGCCUUGGGUGAGAAGGGUGUCAGGGCAUUUGGGGCACUCCUGAAAUCACAGACUUGCUUGGAGGAGCUCUAUUUAAUGAAUGAUGGAAUCUCUGUGGAAGCUGCUCAAGCGGUUUGUGAGUUGAUUCCCUCCACAGAGAAGCUAAGAAUCCUACAAUUUCACAAUAAUAUGACAGGAGAUCAAGGAGCGCUUGCUAUCUCUGAGGUUGUAAAGCGUUCUCCUUUGUUGGAGGACUUUCGAUGCUCUUCUACAAGGAUAGGCUCUGAAGGGGGAGUUACCUUAUCGGAAGCACUCAAGACUUGUACCCAUUUGAAGAAGCUUGACCUCCGGGACAACAUGUUUGGUGUGGAAGGAGGAGUAGCUCUGAGUAAAGCUCUUUCCAAUCAUGCAGAUUUAUCUGAGGUAUACCUGAGCUACCUGAACUUGGAAGAUGAGGGUUCAAUUGCUAUAGCCAACGUUCUCAAGGAAACAGCUCCUUCACUUGAAGUCCUGGAGAUGGCUGGAAAUGACAUAACAGCUGAUGCUGCUCCUGUAAUUGCCACUUGUAUUGUUGCAAAGCAACUUCUUACCAAGUUGAACUUAGCUGAGAAUGAACUCAAGGAUGAAGGUGCUAUCCAGAUCAGCAAGGCAUUAGAAGGUCAUCCCCAGUUAAAGGAAGUUGAUUUGAGUUGCAACUUGAUAAGAAGGGCCGGGGCUCGGGUUUUAGCUCAGAUGGUGGUUCAGAAGCCUGAGUUUAAGUUGCUGAACAUCAAUGGGAAUUUCAUCUCUGAUGAAGGCAUCGAUGAAGUGAAUGAUAUAUUCAAGAAGUCUCCUGACUUGCUUGGGGCCUUGGAUGAGAAUGACCCAGAAGGUGAGGAAAAUGCUGACGAAACUGGAGAAGAUGAAGGUGAUGGGGAUGGGGAUGAACUCGAAUCAAAACUGAAGAACCUUGAAGUCGGAACAGAGGAUUAGAGGUUCACUAAUGCAAGGUGUUUUGCUCUUGGGUUCUGUGCGAGUAGCCUUAAUAAUUGUAGGACACAUUUACAACAUUUUGGGUUGACUCUUCUUUUGAAUCUCUAACUGUCUGCGUCGAGCAGCAGGCUGUGGCAAUUUUUAGAUCAGCGGGAUGAUAGAUGGCAUCAUUAGUGUUCCAUCUCUUCCUUUUUCAUUUUGUUAUGCAGUGCCUUUUAGGUACUUCUCUAGGUUUACUCAUCUAAUGUAACGGAUUCCUGCUCUA